CAAGGCUCCUGAUGAUUUAGUUAAAACAAGCUAAAUGGAAAUGUCUCUUACAGUAUUGUAGGUUGGUUAUGGAAUACUCGCAGGAGCAGCUGAAUUACUUCAGACUCUGCUACAUCGUAUUCAAUCUGGUCCCAGUAGGACUGCGGCAGAUUUUCAAACAGGAAUGGGAUUUCCUUUACAGAACAACUUUACGCGGAGAAUGGAAAGACUCGCCACAAAAUGGCCGUGAUUUCUACAACAGGGAAACUAAAGCAAGUCGGAAGAGAAACGCUCGGUGCCUGACAACAAUCCAGAAUGGUGACACGGCAGAGUGGGACUGCACCUGUUUGUUUUUUGCCAUUUUGUACUCAGACAGUAUCGGUAAAACCUUAAGUCCAGCUGUCUAUAAAGAUGUCGAUGAUAUUCGUCAAGUGCGAAACGGGAUCGCCCAUAUCACGGAAGCUAGCCUGACAGAUGCCGACUUCCAAACUUCAGUAGAUCGAGUGUUGAACGCUUUUACAUCCCUUGGUCUUCUCAUAACUACGAUCCAAGAAAUAAAGAGCCAGAAAAGCUUUCCAACAAAUGAAGUGGAACAAAUUAAGAAGCAAGCUCGUGAUCUCCAAGCUGAGUUGGACCAAACAAAAUGUGACUUGAAGGAAAUAAAAAAGACACUUCAGAGUACAGAGUUUGAUCUGAUUUCUGCAAAAGAAGAAAACAAGGCUCUCACACAGGAAAUAAAUGCCAAACUUCAGCCAUUUUGCUUUCUCACAUCGCGCCCACCCCACGAUAUCAUCAGGCGUUCGCAUGACAUUGAAAGAAUCACAAACAAAAUGGAGGAACUUUACAGUGGUGCCAAUGGAAGUGUUAGUACGGUGUAUUUGUCAGGAAAUCCAGGAUGUGGCAAGAGUCAACUUGCCCGAGAAAUCGGAAAACAGUUCUUUCCUAAACGAACCGAUGAUAUUGAAGAUCUAAACUUUGUUGCAACACUGAAUGCAGAAAGUGUUGAGACACUUGCUGAAUCUUACAUGGCCCUUGGACGACACUUAGGGCUAACAGAAUACGCCUUGACAAGCUUAGAAUCUUUAAAAAAUGAGAAGCCUUUUGAAGCAAUUCAAAGGCUCCAUCCGCUGAUUCUGCCGAAGACUAGUAAGUUUACCAAGUGGCUAAUUAUUGUGGACAAUGUGAUUGACUUACGCUUAGCCCGCGCCUUACUGCCUCAAACUGGUAGCGAGGAAUGGGGCAAUGGUCAGGUGCUGAUUACUACUCAAGAUAGCGGAACAAUUCCCCAAAACGCUCCUCACACGCAUCAUGAAUCGUUAAGUAAAGGAAUGAUGCGUGAUGAGGCAGUGGACUUACUGGAAAAAAUAUCGCAAAUUUCAGAUCGAGAACAAGCUGAACACGUCGCUGAACGUCUUGAUUUUCAACCACUUGCCUUAGCUGCUGCUGCUUAUUACGUGAAAACUGUUGUGAACAGUGGGUCUUCAAAUUAUGAUUGGAAAGCAUACCUUCAAGACAUAUCAACAUACGACCUACGAAAUGAGAUUGAAACUGUCCUUGCGACUGAAAGUUCCGCCUAUGCUAAAACAACAAUGGCCGCUGUUGAAAUGGCCCUCCAGAGAGCUGUCGUCACUGACGAUGUUCUUCGCGAGACAUUCUCCUUUCUUUCGCUCUGCGCUAACGAUGAUCUCCCACUCGAAGCUGUUUUGCAGUUCGUCAAAGUCCAAGUGAAGGACCAACCAGAGGAGUUACUGAAAGCAAAGAUUGUAAGGUGCUCUUUACUUCUUGUUUAUUCCGAGGAAGGCAAUAAACAAAAAACCUAUUUGCGACUGCAUAAAAUUGUUCAUGAAGCAUUGAAACGAAAAGAAAUGUUUAAUCUAAAAUCAAGGGAAAACGACCACAACAUUGCAAACGCAGUUAAGAUUUUCCAGUCCCAACUUAAAGAAAAUAAUAGGAAUAAUGCGUUUUGUAAAAAAAUGAUACCCCACUGUGAAACUUUACUUAAGUUCAUGAAGUCAGAGUUCAGUUCGGAUCCAAGCUCUUUUAAAAAAAGGUUUACGCCCUUUUUAGAUUUGGAUAGAUUUAUUGAUUGGCUAUGUACUGUCGCCUGUGACUGUCGAAAAAAUUGCUAUUUCUUCUUUGCGAAAGAUUUGGUCGAUUUAGCAUGCAACCUAUUGGAGAAUACAGACGAAACUAUUUCAGGUGCGUUAACUCGUAAAGCGAGGAUUUUCAACUUGAGUGGUGAAGUUUACAGAGACAUUGGAAGAUACAAUCAAGCCACAGAACUUCACCAAAGAGCACUGUGGAUUCUAAAAAACAUUUUCGGUGAAGAUCAUGCCUAUGUAGCAGAAACUUAUAACGACUUGGCUUUAGUGUACACCCACCUGGGAGAAUACAAUCAAGCCAAAGAACUUCACGAAACAGCACUGAUGAUUAGGAAAAAGAUUUUUGGUGAAAAUCAUGACUAUGUAGCAACAAGUUGUAACAACUUGGCCUCAGUGUACACCCACCUGGGAGAAUACAAUCAAGCCAAAGAACUUCAAGAAAAAGCACUGAUGAUUAGGAAAAAGAUUUUCGUUGAAAAUCAUGCCUAUGUAGCAGAAACUUAUAACAACUUGGCUUCAGUGUACACCCGCCUGGGAGAAUGCAAUCAAGCCAAAGAACUUCACGAAAAAGCACUGAUGAUUAAGAAAAAGAUUUUUGGUGAAAAUCAUGUCGCUGUAGCAACAACUUGUAACAACUUGGCCUCAGUGUACACCCACCUGGGAGAAUACAAUCAAGCCAAAGAACUUCACGAAAAAGCACUGAUGAUUAAGAAAAAGAUUUUUGGUGAAAAUCAUGACGAUGUAGCAACAAGUUGUAACAACUUGGCCUCAGUGUACACCCACCUGGGAGAAUACAAUCAAGCCAAAGAACUUCACGAAAAAGCACUGAUGAUUAGGAAAAAGAUUUUUGGUGAAAAUCAUGCCGAUGUAGCAACAAGUUAUAACGGCUUGGCCUUAGUGUACGACAGCCUGGGAGAAUACAAUCAAGCGAAAGAACUUCACGAAAAAGCACUGAUGAUUAAGAAAAAGAUUUUCGGUGAAAAUCAUGCCAAUGUAGCAACAUGUUGUAACAACUUGGCCUUAGUGUACACCCGCCUGGGAGAAUACAACCAAGCCAAAGAACUUCACGAAAAAGCACUGAUGAUUACGAAAAAGAUUCUCGGUGAAAGUCAUGCCAAUGUAGCAACAUGUUGUAACAACUUGGCCUUAGUGUACAACUGCCUGGGAGAAUACAAUCAAGCCAAAGAACUUCACGAAAAAGCACUUGUGAUUCUCAAAAAGACUUUCGGUGAAAAUCAUGCUAAUGUAGCAACAUGUUGUAACAACUUGGCCUUAGUGUACACCCGCCUGGGAGAAUACAAUCAAGCCAAAGAACUUCACGAAAAAGCACUUGUGAUUCUCAAAAAGACUUUCGGUGAAAAUCAUGCUAAUGUAGCAACAUGUUGUAACAACUUGGCCUUAGUGUACACCCGCCUGGGAGAAUACAAUCAAGCCAAAGAACUUCACGAAAAAGCACUGAUGAUUAGGAAAAAGAUUUUCGGUGAAAGUCAUGCCAAUGUAGCAACAUGUUGUAACAACUUGGCCUUAGUGUUUUACAAUCAAGCCAAAGAACUUGACGAACAAGCACUUGGGGUUCUUCAAAAAGAUUUUCGGUAAGAAUAAUGCCGAUGUAGCAACAUGUUGUAACAACUUGGCCUUAGUGUACAACUGCCUGGGAGAAUACAAUCAAGCCAAAGAACUUCACGAAACAGCACUGAUGAUUACGAAAAAGAUUUUCGGUGAAAAUCAUGACAAUGUAGCAACAUGUUGUAACAACUUGGCGUUAGUGUACACUCGCCUGGGAGAAUACAAUCAAGCCAAAGAACUUCACGAAAAAGCACUGAUGAUUACGAAAAAGAUUUUCGGUGAAAGUCAUGCCAAUGUAGCAACAUGUUGUAACAACUUGGCCUUAGUGUACACCCGCCUGGGAGAAUACAAUCAAGCCAAAGAACUUGACGAACAAGCACUUGGGGUUCUUCAAAAAGAUUUUCGGUAAGAAUAAUGCCGAUGUAGCAACAUGUUGUAACAACUUGGCCUUAGUGUACAACUGCCUGGGAGAAUACAAUCAAGCCAAAGAACUUCACGAAACAGCACUGAUGAUUACGAAAAAGAUUUUCGGUGAAAAUCAUGACAAUGUAGCAACAUGUUGUAACAACUUGGCGUUAGUGUACACUCGCCUGGGAGAAUACAAUCAAGCCAAAGAACUUCACGAAAAAGCACUGAUGAUUACGAAAAAGAUUUUCGGUGAAAGUCAUGCCAAUGUAGCAACAUGUUGUAACAACUUGGCCUUAGUGUACACCCGCCUGGGAGAAUACAAUCAAGCCAAAGAACUUCACGAACAAGCACUUGGGGUUCUUCAAAAAGAUUUUCGGUAAGAAUAAUGCCGAUGUAGCAACAUGUUGUAACAACUUGGCCUUAGUGUACAACUGCCUGGGAGAAAACAAUCAAGCCAAAGAACUUCACGAAACAGCACUGAUGAUUACGAAAAAGAUUUUCGGUAAAAAUCAUGCUAAUGUAGCAACAUGUUGUAACAACUUGGCCUCAGUGUACAACAGCCUGGGAGAAUACAAUCAAGCCAAAGAACUUCACGAAAAAGCACUGAUGAUUAGGAAAAAGAUCUUUGGUGAAAAUCAUGCCGAUGUAGCAACAUGUUGUAGCAACUUGGCCUCAGUGUACAACAGCCUAGGAGAAUACAAUCAAGCCAAAGAACUUCACGAAAAAGCACUGAUGAUUAGGAAAAAGAUUUUCGGUGAAAAUCAUGCCAAUGUAGCAACAUGU